ACGCGUUUGAAAUUGUGGAAAUCUUAAAGCUGUUAUGCUCUAAUUGAAACCUACACCAAAUCCAUAAAUAAAAGAGUAAUAGCACAAAUAUGUCGUCGAUUAGAGUCUUUUUGGGGGGCCGACAAAGAAACAUCUUCAAUCCUUUUAUCCUCAAACUCUGGGACCCUUUCGAAGAUUUUGCUCUUCGUUCUUCACUAACUUAUGUCCGUACCUCCCAGUGUUGUCAGGAAACUUCGGCUUUUGCCAACAUUCGAAUCGACUGGAAGGAGACACCAGAAGCCCACUUACUCAAGGCGGAUCUUCCAGGGUUGAAAAAAGAGGAAGUGAAGGUUGAAGUUGAAGAUGGAAGAGUGCUUCAGAUAAGCGGAGAGAGGAAUUCAGAGAAUGAAGACAAGAACGACACAUGGCAUAGGCUGGAGCACAAUAGUGGCAAGUUUUUGAGGAGUCUCAGGCUGCCGGAUAAUGCAAAGAUGAAUGAGAUUAAAGCUACAAUGGAGAAUGGAGUUCUCACCGUAACGAUCCCUAAAGAAGAAGUGAAGAAGCUUGAUGUCAAGGUCGUUGAGAUAUCUGGCUAAUUACCAUCCUCUGCAUCUUCGAUGGAGAAUGGAGUCUUUUUGCUUGUUCUGUUGGUUUGCAAUUUCGUGUUUCUGUUUUUAUUUAUAUUUUCCUAUUCUUUGAGUGUGAAAGUAUUUGGUGCCUUAUUUGAUAGGUGUGGAAAAGUUGAUCAUGCAAGUUUACGUUUUUAUACUCGUUUCAAUCUCUC